GGCCGAAUUGAUGAUGAAGUGCACUAUAUAGGGUGUGGAGUCUCUUCUAUCGACCCUAAAUAGGACAUAGUGACUAGAGUGCGUUAGUAAAUGUACACGACCGUUGAUUUUUGUUACAGAAGCUGGUUCGUUUUGUCGAUGAUUUUAAAUUGGUGUAUUGGAGACCUUUGGGCAUCUUUGGUAGCGUCAAUGACCAUUUAUUUCCUCUCUACCUGCUAAGAACCUCCCAAAUCAAUUAUGAGCAGCUCCACUCAGAGGAAGAGACGGACGACUUCCACUUCAGGUUCACGACGCAAGAGCAAAAGAAGCAGGACACAAAUGUCUCAAGCCUCAGUGGAGACCAUUGACGUUCUAGAAAGCGAUAGAUUAAGCAGUGAAGAGGUAGUAGACUUAACGUGUGAAGGAUCUGAGCCAGCUGUGGUUGAUCUCACAAACAAUGAUUCCGUGGUGGUUGUGGAUGAUGGUACACAGAGCAGACGUAUGCAGGGCACAGAGAGUUAUGUGCUGAGUAGCGAUGAUGAGGAAGAGCCGAGUCAGAGUCUUAGUCCAGCUCUUCUGUCAUCGUUACAUGCAAGUGCAAGAGCCAGGUCUACACCCGGAGCAGUCAGCUGCCCUGUGUGCAUGGAUGCUUAUGCAGAGAUCAUCGAGAGUGGGCGGCUUAUGGUCUCUACCAAGUGUGGCCACUUGUUCUGUAGCCAGUGCAUCCGUGACUCCCUCGCCCGGGCUCACAACUGCCCCACGUGCCGGAAGAAACUAACUUAUAAACAGUAUCACCCUAUCUAUAUCUGAGACAGAAAGGGAUGUCGCAGUUUCAUUGUCCUGCAUAACCAGACGGUUUAUCCGUCUCUGACAAAUUCUUUUCUUAAAGCUGGCAUGGUACAUCACCUGAGCUUCUACACAUCACGCAUUUGUGGGUUUAUGUCCACAAAGAUCAAAUCUGAUCAUGGACCUGAAACCAGAAAGCAGUUAAGUUCUUUGUAAAGUAUUGCUUUUAAUGGUACAUUCACACUAAAAUAUUGGUGGCGUGAUGUGCUUUACUGUAUUUUACAGGAAUCUCUAGACGAAGUGCAUCUUGUGUAUAGUUCUUAGGAUGAAGCAAAAUGAUUGCUUAAUGAAAUGAAUCCGUGCACUCUACUGCUUACAGACAGAAUGACUUUGCCAACUGCUUUUAGGUUAUGUACUUGCAAUUUAUUGUAAAAGCUGUGUGUAAUUGAUUUUGUUGUUCCAUGAAUCCAUUCACUGUAAAUAUUUGUAUGUAUGACUGUACAAAGAUCUAGUAAGUUAACAGUAAGGAACGUGUGGAUUCUAAGCUUAUUCCAAUAAAUGGUCAUAAUGCCGUCA